AUGGCGUUUGGCCCUGAGUGGAUUUGGUUUGGAUGGAUGGUUGGAUGGGCAGGCAUGGAAACCUCCAGGGAACAAGCCAUACGCAAACGUAACCACCACUAUCCACCGUCCACCAUCCAUCCAGCAAGGUGCCAGGUUCUACCUACGGGGGACCUUUUCCGCACCAUAGAGUUAGAGUACCCUAGCCCUAGUUUAGUAGAAAAAAUUAUUUCUUCUUCCACUUCGGCGCCGGAAACAUCGUGUCAUGGCAUGAGCAAGCAUGAUGAGGCUUUACAUAUGUGCAGUAAAGGAAGGAAGGAAGAGAUGGAAGGAGAGGUGGUAAUUGUGAAAACGCAAGGAAUUGCUAUCAAGAAACCCGCCAAGGCCAGGGCUACGUACCACGAAGGCGUGCCCCAAGGUGCACGUGUAUAUCAGCUCCUGAUCAUCAACUGA